GGUAGACGAACGCGAAGAACGGGCGCAAAGAAGAUCAAGAAGUCCUUUCAAAGUGAGUCAAAUUGGCAACACAUUCGUCGCGCAGGGUGCCUGUAGUGCUUUUUCGAUAGAAAUUAGUGAAUUUAUCGGUCGAAAAUAACAACCAGCAAGUGUACGCGAAACUAUCGAAAUGUCUUCAGGUGAACAGCAAACGCAGGCCACCACCGGCCAACCACAUCUGCAGAAACAGGACCUUUCGCAGCUGGACAUUGCCAAGCUGACACCACUUUCCCCGGAGGUGAUUUCGCGUCAGGCCACGAUCAACAUUGGUACGAUUGGCCAUGUAGCGCACGGGAAAUCCACCGUCGUGAAGGCUAUCUCCGGUGUGCAGACUGUUCGCUUCAAGAACGAACUGGAGCGAAACAUUACGAUCAAGUUGGAGCCGUUGUCCGACGAGCUUAUCGACCGGCUAACAACCAGUCCUGCCGAGUUGGCGCAGUAUAUAAAAAUGACACACGAACGAUACAAAAUACAGACGCCGCCGGCAGCAUCCGGUGGCAAACGUGCACGAGAUGCCAAUUCGUCUAGCCCAUCGCCAUCGGACGGAAGCCGCUUAAAGCAAGCUAAGAUCAGCAGCUAUUUCAAUGGUGGCACCCCAACGUUGGCAUCCGAUGGCAAACUGAAACAACGGAACAUUGAAUUCUACUUCAGUCGAUCGUUCGGAAAUGGCGACAACUGCGUGGAAAGGAAGGAAAACGGUAAUGGAAUGCAUGAGGAAUUGAAAAUCGAAGAGGAUGAUGAUGAUGAUGCAGUUUCGGUUGUCAGCGUCACGUCAUCGAGGCGUUCUUUGAGAAGCACAACGCCAUGUUCUUCAAGACUGUCGACACGUAGAAAAUCUAUAACUUCUGUUAUGAGUGAGUCUAGUACUGGCUCGCCAUCGACACGUGGUCGAUCGGAAACGGGAACGUCCACCCCAUUGUCUGCCAGCGGCAAAAAGCGUAAAUCACACAGCCACCCAAAAGCUAAUAAAGAUGGUGAAUACUCUGUCGAGGAAAUUUUGGACCUUCAGGAAAUCUCAAAUGCGCCAUAUUUCCAUAUAAAAUGGCGUGGCUAUAGCUCAAAGAGCAAUACUUGGGAGCCAUUAAACAACAUCAGAACGUGUAACUCGAUUCACGAGUUUCUACAAUACGAAGUUGGAGCUCAUAAGGAAGAGAUUGACGGGAUUCGCGAGGAAAUUAGCAAAACCGAAGAAUACCAGGCGGCGAUUAAAGCGCACGAAACAAAAACAUUCAAAGAAAUGUUGGAAGAGUAUGAGAAAUUUGAUCCCUUAGCAUUCGACAGCGAUCUGGUGCUGUAUUCAAAAAUUCGCAUGAAUGGAUGUAAGAACAAACGCGUUUAUGAUCGCAUUCUCGCUAACAUUGGUCCAGAAAUAUCCUACAAGAAACGUCACGAACAGAUUGUCAAAAUGAAGGAGUUUGAGGACAUGAUUAACGAGUUUGAGCCGAGUAGUAAAAUUGUGCUAGAAAAUCUACAAGACUUCGAUGUUCCUCAACAGCAAAACUUUAAGUACAUCAAGGAAAACCUUGCGGGUGAAGGCGUAGAUAUUCCAGAUGAUCCUCCUUACGGAUGCGAAUGCGAGCAGUGCGGUUUCCGGAGCGAUUGCUGUGGAAAGAUGGCUGGAGCACGAAUUGCAUAUAAUCAUAAAAAGAGGAUCAACGUAGCCCCUGGAACACCGAUCUAUGAGUGUAACAAACGUUGCAAGUGCAGUUCCGAUUGCUGCAACCGUGUUCUACAAAAUGGUCGCAAGUUCAACGUUACUCUCUUCAAGACAUCAAAUGGUCGCGGCUGGGGUGUGAAGACCAACCAAACCAUUUACGAGGGCUGGUAUAUCACGGAAUACAUAGGAGAGGUUAUCACCUACGAAGAGGCGGAGAAGCGUGGUCGCGAGUACGACGCUGUAGGCCGAACUUACCUAUUCGAUCUGGACUUCAACGGAAGUGACAACCCGUACACGAUUGAUGCCGCUCACUACGGAAACAUUGCCCGAUUCAUCAACCAUUCGUGCGAUCCCAACUGCGGCAUUUGGUCCGUUUGGGUGAACUGUCUCGAUCCGAACCUGCCCCGGUUGGCGUUUUUUGCCAAAAGGAAGAUCGAAGCCGGCGAGGAGCUGACCAUCAACUACCAGACGCAGGUUAAUGAAAGUCGCGCACUGGACGGGGAGAAACCUCCGGAUGGUGAUGGGGGUCCAGAGAACUUGACCGAAUGUCGAUGCGGAGCCGACAAUUGUAUGAAGUAUGUGUUUUAAACGUAGGUGCGGGGCUCGUUUUUUAUAGACUCGAUUAUACACUGUGUUGUGCUGCCUUAAUAUCCGGCAAUGCGAACCGGUCUUAAAAAGUAUGAUUAAAUAUUGUAGUUUUACAAUUUAACUUUACCGAUAAAGAUAUCUACCUACACAUGGUUAGUGAAUUGUGCCUGAAUAAACCGAUCUUUACAACUUGAACGGCAAAAA